CUAUUCUGCUAAUUAAUGUUAUAUGUUUUUGCAGCUUCAUCUACUUUAAGGACACUAGCUUGCUUAUAUAAAGAAAUGCAUAUAGCUAAGUUUCAUUAUUUACUCGGGGCAGAGUUUGAAGGAAAGGCAAGUUUCUGCCCUUUCUGGUAGGAUAAAAGACACUUCCUGUCAUACAGAUAAUGUUUAUCAUCUACAAGCCUACAAAUAUGAAAGCUGCCUGCAGGAUAAUAUGGCUGACUCUGGUAGUUGUAUUUGCUGAAAUAUCAACUGCAUCAAUUGAUAGAAAAACAUACAUAAUUCACAUGGAUAAUGCCAAAGUCUUGGAACUAAAGAGUUUCUACAAGCAACCCCAAGAAUGGUAUGAAGAGAUUUUACAGUUCACCGGAACAUCAUCAGUAGAUAAAGAUCAUGAAGUAGAAGCACUGACCCCUGAACUUCUUUACACCUACGAGAAUACCAUGACUGGUUUUUCUGCUGAGCUCACCAACGAGCAAUACCAGUUGUUAGCUGAUACUGAUGGGGUACUUCAUGCAGCUCCUGAUAAGAUACGGAGUCUACAAACCACUUACUCACCCGAUUUUCUUGGCCUAGAAUUAGACCAAACAGGAUUCUGGAAUAGCUUGCAGCAAUCAGCAUCUGAUAUCAUAAUAGGUGUUGUUGACACCGGAAUUUGGCCAGAACAUAUCAGUUUUUCUGAUACAGGGUUAACUCCAAUUCCAUCAAGGUGGAAAGGCACCUGUGUGGAAGGCACAAACUUUUCAGUUACAAACUGUAACAGGAAACUCAUAGGUGCCAAGUUCUUCUUCAAAGGAUAUGAGGCGACCUAUGGAAGGAUCAACGACACUGUCGAAUUCCGAUCUGCCAGAGACUCUAACGGUCAUGGGACCCACACUGCAUCCACUGCAGCAGGAAAUGUAGUACCUGGUGCUAGCCUCUUUAGAAUGGCUAAGGGUAUUGCCCGUGGAAUCAGUUUCACAUCAAGAAUAGCAGCAUACAAGGCAUGCUGGGAAGGGCAUUGUGCUGAAUCUGACAUAUUAGCUGCCAUAGACCAAUCAGUAGCUGAUGGAGUUGAUGUUCUUUCCCUCUCCUUAGAGGGAGAUGCAACACCUUAUUACCAGGAUAGCACAAUUAUUGCAGCUUUUGGUGCGUCACAAAAAGGUGUCUUUGUGUCACUUUCUGCCGGAAAUUAUGGUCCUUUCCCUUCAACUGUUGGCAACGUAGCACCCUGGGUGAUGACUGUUGCAGCCAGCUCCCUUGAUCGGGGAUUCCUGAGCCAAGUAAAGCUAAGUAACGGAAACAAUUUCAGUGGUACCUCAAUCAACACCAGUAAUCAGAAGAAAACUAAGCAACUUCCACUUGUGUACAAAGAAACAGCUGGUAGCAAAAGGGAAACAGAGUACUGCCUUCCAGGAUCCCUAUCUCCAAGCCUUGUGAAAGACAAGAUCGUUCUCUGUAUACGUGGCAUGAAUGACAGAAUUGAAAAGGGCUUGGUAGUAAAAUCAGCAGGAGGAGCUGGGAUGAUACUACUUAACACUCCCAAUUACGGGGAAGAGCUUGUGGCUGACCCUCAUUUUCUGCCAGCCACCCUGUUGGGAGCUUCUACAACCAAGGCCAUCAAAGCUUACCUGAAACGGGACAAAAAUCUAACAGCCUCCAUUUCAUUUCAUGGUACCACAUAUGGAGCUAGAGCUCCGAUGGUGGCUGCCUUCUCGUCUAGGGGUCCAAGCCCUGUGGAUCCCCACAUCAUGAAGCCUGACAUUACUGCCCCAGGAAUAAACAUCCUAGCUGCUUGGCCACCAGUCUCUUCCAUAACUCAGUUAAGCAGUGAUAAAAGAAGAGCACAGUUCAAUAUAUUGUCAGGUACAUCAAUGUCUUGCCCUCAUGUUAGUGGCAUAGCUGCUCUAAUCAAAUCAGUCCAUAGAGACUGGUCAGCGGCUGCAAUAAAAUCAGCUAUAAUGACCUCUGCCUAUACUCAUGACAAUAGAGGGCAUCCCAUCUCUGAUCUAUCUGUAUCCAACAGUACACAGUAUGUGACCCCUUUUGAGUUUGGUUCGGGUCAUGUCAACCCAGAUAAGGCUUUGGAUCCUGGUCUUGUGUACGAUAUCACAGGAGAAGGCUACUUAAGUUACUUGUGUAGUAUCAAUUACACUGAUGGUCAGGUCACCCUUUUGGCAAGAAGGAAAUACAACUGCCCAAGUGACGAGGGGAAAGCCACCCUUCAGCCUGGUGAUCUUAACUACCCUUCUUUCGCGGUUAUUAUUGAUGCUGCAAGGAGAGGAUACACUGCAUAUACAUACCAGAGGACAGUGACUAAUGUAGGAAAACCUAAGAUUAGCUACAAGAGUCUUAUAGACCAACCUAAGGGUGUGAGGGUAAGUGUUGUACCUAAGGUGUUGAAGUUUAAGGAAAUGGGUGAAAAACAAAGUUACAAGGUAAGUUUUACAGUGUCAGGAGCAAAAACUGAUGCUGGUAAGAGUUUCUCUUCCUUUGGAUCUUUGAUUUGGGUGGGUGGAGAAUAUAGUGUUAGAAGUCCCAUUGCAGUAACAUGGCAAUAGUCUUUUAACUAAUAAGAUUUGUAAUUGUUAUAUCUCUACUGUUAAAUACGAACUACUUCGUAGUAUAUUGGAAAAUUAAAAA